AUGAGCCCCCUCAGCGAUGACGAACGGCACUAUGCAGCUACUAGUAUCGAACUCUCAAGAUCAUCAUCCGACCACCUCUCUCCCUACACAGCAGUGGCCCACCCAGGAACACCCUCGAAGGUGGCCGAAGAAGACCUGGCUCAACAGGAUCCAGCACAACCAUUCAAAUCAUCAAACUCAAAAUCACGAACAUGCGGAGUCGACCUAGGUGGAUCCUGGACAUGGGAGAUCAGCAGUGCGGUUCUAAGUGUAAUUGGUAUCGCACUCCUUGUUGUGUUCCUUAUCAGUAUUCACGGCAAACCAUAUGCGGAGUGGCAAUAUACAGCCUCACCAAACACCAUCAUCUCUAUCAUCUCAGUCAUCAUCAAAGCCGCACUACUCAACAUUGUUUCAGCCUGCCUCGGCCAGCUUAAGUGGAGGUUAUACAAGAGAUCAAAUUGCGCUCCCCUUGAGUAUAUGCAAGCAAUCGAUGAGGCAAGCCGUGGAUCGUGGGGCUCGCUUAAGAUUCUAUCGAGAGUGGUGUCAGGGUCCAAAAUGGGCGCUCUGAUACUCUCAGGUGCCUCUUUGACCUUUCUGGCAAUCGCGAUUGACCCGUUCGCUCAACAAAUCCUCAGCUUCCCCUUGCGGCAGGUGCAGGCGUUCAAUGGGACUGUUUUUAUUCAAUCUGCGCGUAACUAUACCACCAAAAGAGUUAUCGAUGAUGGCGGAAUAGUAGAAGACUUACAAGAAAGAGCUAUCACAAGGGGGUUGUCAAUUCCGGAUACUGGCCUUCAGGCGCAAUGCACUUUGGAAACAUGUUCUUAUCCGGGGUUCGUUUCCUUAGGGAUCUGCAGUCAGUGCGAAGAUGUCACUGAACGAACGACCCAGGAGUGUGUGGGAAUGGUUGUACCUUCUGCCACUGGGCCGAUCGUAGAUAUGAACUGCACAUAUACAGCGCCCUAUGAGUAUAUUAUUCCUCUAUCCCUCCAUGACCUGCUCACUGGAGAUACAAUGUAUUAUGGUGGUGUGAACAUGAUCUCACUGGAGCUUAUGUCAUCCUAUACAAGAGAUCUGAGUUACGACCUCGACCAAGAUACAUACAAGAUAUUUGAUAUUGAAACGCCUAUUGCUUCAUUCAUUUCGGCCACCCAGAGCGUCUUUGUGAAUUAUACAACCCAGAACACAACAGCGCCGCCCCCCAAACCUUUGUUCACUGAGUGUGUGAUGUACUGGUGUGAAAAAGAGUAUGCUCCAAGUAAUUUCUCUGCAACGAGCGAUCCAACUCCCAUUUCCCGGACACAGCAACUUCGGUUCGUUAUGCAGCCUGAGGAGGACGAUUUUUAUGAAUGGUUCAAGGUUUUAUACAAGUUUGUGCCACCGUCAAAUUCAACGGCAUUGUCUAAUAAGUCUUCAACCUACCAUAUUUCUGAACAUCUUAUGCUGUCUUUGGUACCACGACUUGAAAGUAUCUUCAACAUUACCGGACUCGGAUAUGGCGAGCGCGGUGUGUCUUCUGGAACUUCUUCUAUACAAGAUAUGAUCUUCACAAAUAACAUCACGGAUGUGGUCAAGUCGAUGUCCACCACCCUUACCGACGCUAUCCGUGCUGGCGAUGUGAGCAGCAGAAUACCUGGAAAGGGCUUCAGGACCGAAACCUAUAUCCAUGGAUACCGUACUUUGGAAAAGUUCAGUGCUGCCUUUAUUGAUGAGCUCCCUUGA